AUGAUCAAGCACACCAUCAUCACCUGGAACGUAAGAAGGGGCAUGGGGGUCCCGGAAAAACGACGUAAUAUCUACACCUACCUUUCCACAUUCAAAGCUUCCGCGAUUCUCUUACAAGAGCAUUUCAUCAGACCACAAUUCUGGCAGCUCAUCAAGGACGAGUACGAGGGCAAGCUCUUCAUCAACCAGCACUGCCUGACCCUGAUCCCGGCCGACUCGCCCCUGAUCGACGCCGAGCUCUUGCGCACCCACUCGGCACUCGACGGCCGGCUCCUCGUCACCUCCUUUCGUCUGCGGGGCGACAUCAAAAUUCUAGAAAUCAAUAACCUCUACGCGCCCGUUGACCCAAAACAACGAGCAAAAUUCUUCGACAAACUGAUCCUCCACAAAACACAGAAAUCCCACCUCCGACUCCUUGGCGGCGAUCUCAACAACUGCCCGCGCCCAGAAGUCGAUCGGCGGAACCAAAGUCGGCGCGGCCACCACUGGCCGAUUCUGAUGGGCAAGCUCGACUCGGCCUACACGGACUGCAUCCGCUACAAGCACCCCAUCACCCCAUCUUUCACUCGACCUAAUCCCAAUCGCAAGCGACCCAACUCCUUCUCCCGGCUUGACUACUUUCUCCUACAAAGAGCUCACCAAAAAAGGCUCGACCAGGCCUCGACGAUCUACGACUAUCCCAAGGAUCUUUCCGAUCACCGACCGGUCUUGAUCGUACUGGCUCUCUCAGACGAUCUUGAUGCGGCUCUCCCACAGCUCAGCCUACCUACCACAUCCAACCAACUACAUCGAAUCAAUACCACAACCUUCAAGACGGUGGAAUUUCAGCGGAUGAUGGAAGGAUGGUUGGAAGGGGCAAGCGGGGAGGAUCCGGUGCGAGAGCUUGAGGAGGUUCUGGAGGCAUGCAGGGACAGGGGUGGGGAGAUGGCGAGGAGGCUGCAUCGGGAGCGGACGGAACGGAUGGAGUAUUUGGUGGGGAGGGUGCAGGAUCUGGAGGCGGAAACGGCAGAAUGGACAAGGACGUCCGAGGAACUCAAGCGGGCGGUCGAGGAGCGCGCGCGCCUACUCCGGAUCCGAGCCCACGUCCCCGAGAUCGCUUCCGAGGAACGACUGUCACGGCCGGUCCACGCCAAGCUCGCGGCGCGGAACUCGGACUCCAAGAUCACAGCACUGCGCUUGGGCAACGGAGAGCUAACGCAUGACAUUGAUGUCGCUCUUGACCACACGCAGGCGCAUUUCCAGCGCCUCUACCACAUCGAGCCUCGUGAUCCGGAACGUGUCGACCGACUUCGGAACGAACUCCUCGUGCCGAUCAGGGCGGCACGGACUUGCGACGACCCGCGCUCAGAUCCGCUCUUUCUGCGCCGACUCUCGGAAGCGCAGAUUGAUCUCCUCCAGCAACCCAUCACCGAGGACGAGGUCGUGGCCGCGAUCGGGACGACGCACCCGGGGCGAUCGCCGGGCCCGUCGGGCGUGCCUUACGAACUCUAUCAGACCGCACCAGAGGCGUGGUCCAAGGUGCUGACCAAGGCCUACAACGCGAUGAUCGAGCGCGGUUCACUCUCUCCCAAGCAGGGCCAGGGACUCGUGCGCCUCAUCUUCAAGCGCCACAAGAAGAAUGCCGAUCGCGCCGAACUCUCGUCGUAUCGCCCCAUCACCCUGCGCGAGUGCGAUUACAAGAUUUUUACCAAGGUCUACGUCGCCCGAUUGAACCAAAUUCUGCCCGAUCUCCUCCCGCCGCAGCAGCACGGCUUCGUCAAGGACCGCCGAUCGGCCGACGCUGCACUACACCUUCGUCUCCUGAUCGAGGAACUUGGCGCGCGCAGGACCGAGUUCCCCGCGGCCGCGCUCUUGUCUCUUGACCAAUCAUCCGCCUACGACCUCGUCGAGCAUGACUGGAUCUUUGCCAUUUUCGACACUCUGGGCGCUCCUACCACCUUUCUUCGCGUGCUGAGAAUGCUCUACUCGGGUGACUCGACCUCGGCGCGCUACAUCAUCAAUGGGUUCCUGACGGCGCCGGUGCGACUGACGUGUGGGCUCGGCCAAGGGGACCCGGCGUCAUCGUCGGUCUGGGACAUCGUGUUUCAGCCGUUCCUGGAUGCUCUACACCGUCGAAACAUCGCGCUGAAUCUCUCCAUACCUGCACUUCAUCCGUACCCACAGAGCCGCGCCAUUACAUCACUUGCAUUUGCCGAUGACGUUGUCGUCGCCGUCGCGGGCUUGGAGUCACUCAACUUGCUCGAUGACCUGGCGCUCGACUGGAGGCAUGCAACGAAUGGCCGGCUCAACACGGACAAGACGGUCGUCCUACCGAUUGGACGUCGCUGGGACCCUGGGGAACGGCCAAUCGUCGUCAAGGCCGCAGGCGAGUCGCUCGAGUGGAUCGGCCUCCCCUUCGACCCCAGCGGCGACACCGAACGGCUCGAGGCGACGCUGGAAGCGGUUCAGCAUCGCUGGCUCACGCACCACACCCGUGCCUUUUACGUCAAUCGGUACGCCAUUCCCAAGAUCCUGCAUUUCCUUGCAGCCGACAUCCCGCCGCCCGAAGUCGUCAAGAAGCUCGAUGACAUGCUCGUCGAUUUCGUCCGUGGGGGCAAGGGCAGGACCAGCUACGGCAGAGACAUUGUGUUCACCGCCAAGAACAAGGGGGGACUCGGGGUGAUAAGGAUGCGGGACGUUGUGGACGCGGUUGCGGCACGGCUCUGGGACGUUCUUCUCGGCGGUUCCGGCGCGAUUUGGCAAGGACUUGCGCGCGCAUCACUCCAGCGAGCUCAGCCCGACCUCGACCUGGCCACCGAUCUCUGGCCACAUCCAUCCACUCCCAUCCCCAACGACCUUCAUCCCCGAUGGCACGCCGCACUGGGCGUUCCGAAACUUCACGACGCGCAGGUCAACCCGAGGGCCUUGACCACCGCGAACUUGCUCGCGCUGCCCACCCUGCUCGGCAGCCUCCACACCCCCAUCAGAGGGAGACAGACCAUCGACGCGGUUCAUGUACCUGACUACCUUCGUCUCCAGGGCUACCCGAAGGUGGCGGAUCUCUAUCGACGCGAGUUGUAUGCGGGUGGGGGGUUUCACCUCUGGACGCCGCCGGCGGAUGUGCUCGGCGACAACAGCGAGUACGAUCGACGCGGGCUCCCGCAGCGACUGGCAAUCGCGGCCUGGUACCGGUUCACUGUCGAUCGACACAAGAACACCCCCUUGGCGGCGGCGGUGGCGGCGGGACGACUCAACGUGCCUCCCCGUAUCGGCACCAGCGCACCACUCGAGGCAAUCAUCCCCAAGCCCGUGGCCCGCUUUGCAAUGGAGCAGCGCCUUCCGGACCCGGUGCUUCCACAACAGGCGAGACAGUAUACGCUGCUGAACAUGGCUCGCCCCUACACAGUCCGUCGCAUCCGCCGGGUCCUGAACGCGAAGGCAUUUACCAACAUGCUCGGGCUCAAGGGACCACCGCAGCCGGACGACCUCAGGAGCUUCUGGAAGGCAGUCAACUCGAAGGCACUGACGGCGAGGGAGAGGGAAGUUUGGUUCAAGCUGAUCCUCCGCUUCACCCCGACGCGCAAACUCCAGCACGAGCAAAAGCACGACACUUCUCCCGCGUGCUUCGUCUGCGAAGCGCCGGUGGACGACACCGAUCACUACUUCUUCGGCUGCUUCGACUCGCGAAACGUCUGGAUCGCGGCGAGGGGCGUGCUCUGCGACGCGCUCGGAUGCGACACGAUCGAGGGCGCCGAGUACACGACACUUCAACGACUCUUUGGCCUCCCCAAGCUCAAGGCCAAGCUCAGCGCACAGGAAGGCGCGGGCAGGACGAUCGAGAUCUUCACGGGGAUGGUUUUGGAGAUGAUCAGCAGUGGGAGAUGGAGGAUGCAGAAGCACGGGACGAGGAUGGAAAGCGUGGAGAGGAGGAGGGUGGUACUGGAGGAGAGGAUGAAGUUGAGGGCGGGAGGAGCAAGAGGCAGGCGAGGGCAGUAG